AUGUCCAAAGCUUAUUUCAUUUCCGGUGCAAACAGAGGAAUUGGCUUUUCCUUCAUGAAAAGCUUAAGCGCUGAUGCUACCAACACGAUUGUUGCAAGCGCUAGAAAUGUGGAGACUGCUACCAAAUUGAAAGAGUGGGCCAAUGCUCACUCUAAUGUGAAGAUUGUCCAAUUGGACGUGGCUUCCGCUGAAAGCGUUGAGGCAGCCGCUAAAAAAACUCUGGAACUUGUCCCCGAAGGUUUGGACGUCUUGAUCUCGAAUGCGGGAAUUGCCAAGGCGUCGGGGACCAUUUUGGAACUAUCCGACGACUCUUACCUUGAACACUAUGUUGUCAACACUCUCGGUCCAAUCAGGCUGGUCAAGGCCUUCAAGUCACUUCUAGACAAUAAGAGUUCCAAGGAAGUUUUGGCGAUCACCUCAAUAGUAGGAUCUGUGGGUAUGGUUCUUCCCUUUUCAACUUCAGGAUACGGUCUCUCGAAGGCCGGUCUCAACUAUGCCUUUAGGCAGUUGCAACAAGAAUUAACUUCUGAAGGCUAUAGCUUUGCGAUUGUUCAUCCAGGUUUGGUUGGAAGCGACAUGGGUAACGAAUUUGUUGGCAGCUUGGACUCAGAGACCCGUGAACAAUUUCUCAGCACUUUGCCGCUACUUACCCCAGACGAAUCAGUAUCUGCUAUUACCAAGAACGUCCUUGCGGAAUUGAAGGCCAAGAGUUCCAGGAAGUUCUUGAGCUACGACGGUUCCUGA